AUGUCGGAUAUGGAGACAGCUCUUCAUGCAGCACGAGACAGGCAGUUGAAUGGCAAUGCAUCGGAACCGACCACGAAGCUCAACCCCAUUCCAGACUCUGGAUCCCGAUACGAUAAGCCUAUUGUUGCUGCGCAACAGGAUGGACUACCCAUAAUCGACAUCUCCGCUUUUCUAGAUCCUUCAUCUACGAAGGACGCACAAUCCACAACCGCUAAAGCCAUCAAUGCCGCUUGCGUGAACUAUGGCUUCUUCUACCUCACAGGCCACGGCAUACCAACUGCAGAGCUCGAUAAAAUCAUUAACCUCGCCCGCGAAUUCUUCGCUUUGCCACUAGAUGAGAAGAACAAGAUCAAACGUUUCGAUGCCGGAAGUCCAGAGGGAGGAGAUGGCGCAAGGGGUUAUCAGGGGCUGGGUGAGAACGUAACGGGCGGCCUGCAAGAUAUGCAAGAAGCCAUCGACUGGUACCGCGACUGGCCAGAAGAGAAGCGAGAGCCUGGAGAAGGACGACCUGGUAGCGUGAAGAGCCUCCAAGGUGUGAACCUAUGGCCCGAGCAACCAAAAGAGCUCAAACCCGUAUACACGGACUACAUUGAACGAGUCAAAAAAGUCGGCGAAGCCCUCGCCCACGCUAUGGGCGUAGCUCUGGACCUUGGAACGCCUUCAAAAGAUGCAAUGCAAAGCGAAGAAGACGAAGAAACCUUCGUGAGGAACUGUAACGAAUCCUUUUGGGUGAUGCGUAUGAUCGGUUACCCACCCCUAACAACCCCUCAUACCCCUGGCAACGACAUUGAACAAUUCUCCUGCGGCGCGCAUACAGAUUACGGCUGCGUAACCCUCCUCCUCACGGACCCCACCCCAGGCGCCCUCCAAGUCCAACUCAAAGACGGAACUUGGCUCAACGCCGAUCCCAUACCAGGGGCCUUUGUAGUAAACAUUGGAGACAUGAUUGAGCGGUGGACGAACGGGCUUUGGAAGAGUACGAUGCAUAGGGUUAUACACAGGGGUCAGCAGUAUAGGAUUAGUGUGCCUUUCUUUUAUGAGCCGAAUUUCGACGCUGUGGUAAGGCCGUUGGCGAAGUGUGUUGAGGAGAGUGGGGAGAGGAUGAUACAUCAGGGUAGCACGUAUGGGGAACAUCUUUUGACAAAGGUCUUCAGUAACUUUUAUUAUAGUAAGAGGACGGAUUGGUGA